AUGAAGGCAAAGGUUCCGAAGGAUUUCAAAGCCCCUGACAUGGAUCCCUACGACGAGGCAUCCAAUCCAAGCCAACAUCUUAGUAACUUUAGGAGUCGGAUGUACCUCACUGAAGACUCUGACGCAACUGGCUGCAAAGCCUUCCCAACCACUCUCACCAAAAUAGCUAUAAAAUGGUUCGACAGUCUACCCCCAAGAUCAAUUACCUUCUUCGACGAUCUCGCCAAGAAGUUCCUAGCCAGAUUUUCUAUUCAAAAGGACAAGAUCAAGCAUGCUCCAAGCCUACUCAGAGUCAAACAAGGAGACCGGGAAAGCCGCCGAGCUUAUAUGGAGAGAUUCAAUAAAGCAUGCCUCGACAUACAGAAUCUCCCGAUCGAAGCAGCAAUCAUGGGACUUAUCAACGGCCUACGAGAAGGACCUUUCAGCCAGUCCAUAUCCAAGAAGCACCUUACUUCCUUGAACAAAGUGCAAGAGCGGGACGAAAAGUAUAUUAAUAUGGAAGAGAAUUCCCGAUUAAUGGAAACCUCCAAAAUCGGCUUCCCCUACCCCUCCUGA